UUUUUUUUUUUUUUUGUCCAAAUGAAGCUCGUUCCGCGCCAAUCCCCAGUUAUCAUGCAUUUGAAUUCAGAAUUUUAUUUGUCCUUUUCCUGAACGCAUGUUUAGUCGGUCCCACCAUCCUUCCACUUCGUCAGGGCAAGGUGCCUACAGCCGUUUGCAGCAAGACGAUAUCGACGAUGAAGAUUAUGAUCAACUCGUAGAAGCUAUUUCACACCACCCCAACUCUAUUCUGGUUGCCGGGCAUCAUGUCUUGCCAACCCUGCCACAACCUUUUCCCAAUCUGCCGUCAUCCGAAUCAACCUCUGAACCUCCUCCCAUCGUGCCACGUUCAUCAUUCAGCUCAAAGAGGCCUAAUAUACCCGAUGCCACUAAGCGCUUCUUGAAGAGCAAGUUGCCCAACGUCGUCUUUCGAAAAUCGCUGGGUCCCACUGCCAGUUUCGACUCUUUGCCCAGUGUCAUUCUCGCCGACAUUCAGAACGGUCAUAUGCCGACCCAAGCCGAUCCUCUGCUAAAGGAAAUCGACAGUCGUGGUUGGACGAUUGUGCAUCGGCGACGGUACCGUGGACGACGCAAAGCCGAUAAACAUACCACAAGGCAGAAAAACGUGUACUCCCCUAUUCCGUCUUUAUUGGUGGCGGACGAUGAAUUCCAUCCUUCCGAUAAAGUAACCUGUUCGGUAUUUGUCAAAUGGGUGCCUGAAGAGAGAAGAGAUCCUUCGGCCAUGACCCUCAAAGAUAUGACCGAGUCCACACGGGCUUACGAUGACCCGAUCCCUGUCAGCAAGCAACGGUUUGCAGAGAUCGUGCAAUCGGUGCGUUCCGCGAUUGAUGACGAUAUCCAGCCCACGCGCAUCAGUCAAGGAUCCAGUGGGUCUUACUUUUGUCGCAACAGGGAAGGCAAAAUUGUGGGUGUAUUUAAGCCCAAGAAUGAAGAACCGUAUGGCCGCUUGAAUCCCAAGUGGACCAAGUGGAUUCAUCGUAAUCUUUUUCCCUGUUUUUUUGGCCGCAGUUGCCUUAUUCCCAAUCUUGGAUACCUUUCCGAAUCCGCAGCGUCACUGAUUGACCGGCGGCUCGGCACGAUGAUUGUACCACAUACCGACGUAGUGCAUCUGGCCUCACCGUCGUUCCACUAUGAUUACAUGGAUCGUCGGUCAUCCCAUUUAGGGUUGCCACCUAAAAUUGGCAGCUUCCAAUGUUUUCUCGAUAAAUACAAGGAUGCCACCGUAUUUCUGCGCGAACAUCCCUUCUUACCGGAAUCGGCUCACUCUUCGCUCAAUCUAGGCCGAGCCAACUCUGUCUGGAGCGGGUGUCUUGGCCGAAACGAUGAUACCGAUCCAGCCACGGACGUUGAUGAGGACGAAGAAGAACUCAUCAUGGAAGGUUCCCAGCAUAAACCACCCAUGGUGAGAGACACGGCGGCGCGGAACAAGCGCCGAUCGGCGUCCAUGGAUUCCCCUCCCAAAUUUCGAUGGACUUCCAGACUUCAAGACCAGUUCAAACGGGAGUUCGAGCAGCUUGUCAUUCUCGAUUACUUGAUCCGCAAUACAGAUCGAGGAUUGGAUAAUUGGAUGAUCAAGUACUGUGAAGGAGAGCGAGGCACCCUCCCUUACUGGGUCAAUAAUCACAGCACACCAAGCCUCAAUGGCAAACCUUCCAAAACACGUCGAGCACAUAUUCACGUUGCCGCCAUUGACAAUGGACUGGCUUUUCCCUUUAAACAUCCCGACCAAUGGCGAUCUUAUCCGUAUGGCUGGCUCGCUCUGCCUGAAGCACUCAUUGCUCGACCCUUCUCGGAAGCGACUCGACAUCAAUUCUUGACUAUCCUGUCGGAUCCUAUUUGGUGGAGAGAAACGAUCCAGGAGCUUCGCGAACUGUUCAUGGUCGAUUCCGACUUUGAUGAGAAAAUGUUUAGCCGGCAAAUGUCGGUGCUCAAAGGCCAAGGCUACAACAUCGUUCGAACAUUGAAAGACCCCACAUCCACUCCUUUGGAUCUCGUAGCAGCGGAACGUGUCGUAGUGAACCAGGAAGAGAUUCUGAUUGAAUAUGACGAACGGAUACUGAAUGAAAGAGAUCCUAGCAAGCAAACCGAGGAAACCGAGGAUAAUGGAGAUGAGGAUAUUACAGAAUCAUUAACCGCCAAAUCGGCCGAUCCACAGAGCGACACUUCGCCAACCAAACCACCGGGUCCGCCACGAUCCACAUCGUAUAAUACGGCCCUCAAGACCAACGAAAGACUGCCUCGACGUCCCCGUUGGAAAGAACGGGUGCGUCAUCGUCUAUCACUCGAUCUAGGUCGUCGCAGUAAAUCCGUGAGAGACUGGCGUCUAGGCUCCCAAAGCGACGGCGAUACCGAUAACGAUUCGGAUGCCAGUUCCGCCCAUUCCGAAGACGAAGAGGACCGUCUCAAGCAAGUCACCAUCGUGAUGGAAACCAUAGAAGCCGUGAAAAGUAGAACCUACUUUACCUGCUGUUAAUAAAAAUUGCAUCAUUUUUUCC